AUGGCGACCAAGACUGCGGCGCUAGUCACGCGCUGCGAAGCGUUGCUUCGCGAGUGCAAGCGCCGCUUGGGCGCUGGAGCCGACGAGGAGAUGCGCCUCAAAGCGCAACUCCUCGCCGGGAAGUUGUCGCUCCUCCAGGCUCGGCUGCAGAAGGAGGCUGAGGAUGUGCCCACGUGCUCCGAGGGCCUCUAUGUUCCUCGCCCAGAGGAGGAGCCAAGACCCAUGAUGCCUUUUCCCCCCGGAGUCCACCAUCCACCCUUGCAGGAGCCGUUUGCAUUUGCAGGGCCCUGGAUGUCACUCCCAUCCCCGGUUCCGUCUGGACCAGGUCCAGCCCUACAUGUCUGCCUAGUCUUACUUCCUCCCGCGAUGCCACCCCCAUGCGAGCCUACACCAGGCCCUUCCCCUGAAGAGCCACGGGGUCACAUGAUGCCGGCGCUAUGCGAGCCCAACCCUCAGUACUAUCGUCAUCAAGCCCAUGACGCGACUCAAGGUCAGACCAUGCCGCCUCCUGGGACGAUGUUGCCAACUCCCUUCAUGGCAGUCCCGUGCGCACUGCCACCCCCAUGCGGCCCUACGCCAGGGUAUUGCCAUCCGUUGUUUGAGGAUCCAUGGGGCUUCAUGAUGCCCCUUCCAUGCGAGCCAAGCGUGCCGCCGCCACCCGUGCCUCCCCCACCGUGCUGGCCUCCGCUGCUAGGGCCUACAGCACCAACACCUCCAGCUCCCCAGCACCAUCCUGGCUUCUACCAUCCUCCCCGCGAGGAUUCCUCAUCUUUUUGA